AUGAAUGUUUUUCUUUUAGCCUUUUGCGUCGCUGCUUCCGUUUCGAAAACCUUUGCAUCGGCGGUCAAUUCCGAUAGCGUAUGGGAGAAGUUUCUUCCGCCGGAGUAUUCAUCUCUGAUUCAUUCAUCAAAGAAGGUUUUUUAUUCCGCUGUAUGCAACGACUAUGUUCUAAUCGAAGAUGGCAAAAUGAGUCUGUGUAUAGAUAAAGCGACUGGGAAGAGAAGUAUAAUGUUAUCUGGAAAGGAACUCGAACUCUCAUGGGGACAUAAUCCUCGCUUUUGGCAAUUCAUCUCAAUCCCUGAUUCUAGGUUCGAAAAAGUACCAAAACUUGUCUUUGGAUGUCCAUUCAAGAUCGACGGGGUGAUAGAAGCUAGAUUCCUAUCUCCUGGAACUCGUUACUCGGCUUACGUAGUAUACAAGGCAAAAGAUAAAAUUCCUGACUUCCGAGAAGACAUUGGAGUUGGAGUGAUUGACUAUGGUCCUCAAGGCGAAAAUCAGGUAAGAACACAACUAACGAAACUAGAGAAGAGGGAAGAUGGGUGGAUGGAGGUCAAGUUUGGUGAAUUCUUGAACGAAAGAGGAUUAAUGGAUUCUGAUGAAAUUUAUUUCCGUAUUAGAGAAAUUAAGUACACCUACUGGAAACCUGGCUUCAUCAUUGAAGGUAUUGAAUUCCGGCCAGUGAAAAGGCUUUAUUAA